CUGCAGGAGGCGCAGCAGAGUGUGAAGAUGGCCAACGCUGUGGCUUCAUACAACCAGCUGGCCCACCAGGUGGAGGCUCUCCGUAAGGAGAACUCCCACCUGAGGAGGGAGCUGGAGGACAACUCCAACCACCUGUCCAAACUGGAGACCGAGACCACCGGCAUGAAGGAGGUGUUGAAGCAGCUGCAGAGUAAACUGGAGCAGGAGGCAGGAACACUGGCCUCGUCCGGGAGGAGCGACGUGCUGCAUCAACUCAAAGAGCUCCACAUGGACCUCACCAACUACUACGAACUCAAGCACCAACCGCACAACCUAAGGCUGCUGACGGGUCAAGGAGGGGCGGGGCCGGUUGGAGUUGGAGGGGCGGACCUAGACGACCGUCUUGCUCUGCCUUCCUCCUGCUCCUCUUCCUCGGCGGUGGGCAGAGCCAAGAGUCCGCUCAGAGCAUUGUCCCGUCUGAGCGCAGCGUCUGGGGGGGAGGCCGCCGCCUUCAUGCUGUCGCAUCACUUCCUGGAUGGAGCGCCGCCCAAAACAGCUGUGAUCAGUGGAGCUGAUGGAAGAAUGAGCGACCACCACCAGGAGGAGCUGUACAAGGAGAGGAACCUCCUGCUGGGGGAGAUCGACCGGGAGGAGAGGGACCGCUGCUGGUACUUCAGCCAGUUGGAGGCGCUGUCACAGAGACUGGCUCAACUGCCCCGCAUCGACACGUUUUCUCUGCAGAUGGAUCUGAUCCGGCAGCAGCUGGAGUUUGAAGCUCAGCAGGUUCAGUCUGUGAUGGAGGAACGUUUCGGCACCAGCGACGAGGUGGUUCAGAGGACGCAGAUUCGCGUUGCUCGUCUGGAGCAGCUGGAGCAAGAGCUGCAGGAAGCCCGAGGGAGUCAAGAGACCCAGCUACAGCUGUCCGGAGCUGAGAAGCCCCCUGCUGGAGAACCAGAGAACAACACGUCUUCAGCUGCUGCAGCGGGAACAGACUCUCCUGCAGACGGAGGCAGCAAGGUGGAGAUGGUGUUCUGGCUGCUCUCCAUGCUCGCGAACAGAGAUAAGGAGGAGAUGUCUCGGACUCUGCUGGCUAUGUCCAGCUCUCAGGACAGCUGCAUCGCCAUGAGAAAGUCCGGCUGCGUCCCCCUGCUGGUCCAGAUCCUGCACGAAGCUCCGGGCGGCGGGGAGACGGCGACGGGAGGUACUGUGACUGGCUGCACCAGAGAGGCCAAAUCCAGAGCAAGCGCCGCCCUCCACAACAUCAUCUACUCCCAGCAGGACGAGGGCCAGGCCCGCCGGGAGAUGAGGGUGCUGCACAUGCUGGAGCAGAUCCGGAUCUACUGUGACAGCGGCUGGGACUGGAUGGAGAGCCGCGCAGGGACACCGUCAACCGGUGGAACCAGAACCACUGACAUCCCUGAACCUGUGGAACCUCAGAUCUGUCAGGCCAUGUGCGCCGUCAUGAAGCUUUCCUUUGAAGAGGAGUACCGACGCGCCAUGAAUGAAUUAGGCGGUCUGCAGGUGGUGGCUGAUCUGAUCCACCUGGAGCAGGACAUGUACGGCAUGCAGAACGACCCCAUCAACAUGGCUCUGCGCCGCUACGCAGGGAUGGCUGUGACUAACCUUACCUUCGGAGACGUGGUCAACAAGGCCACUCUGUGCUCAAAGAAGAGCUGUCUGCAGGCUCUGGUUGCCCAGCUGGCCUCAGACAGUGAGGAGCUCCAUCAGGUGGUCUCCAGCAUCCUGAGGAACCUGUCCUGGAGGGCCGACAUAAGCAGCAAGAAAGUCCUCAGAGACAUCGGCUGCGUGUCUGCACUGAUGACCUGCGCCCUGCAGGCCACCAAGGAGUCGACCUUGAAGAGCCUCUUGAGUGCUCUGUGGAAUCUGUCGGCUCACAGCAUCGACAACAAGGUGGCUAUCUGUUCGGUGGAUGGCGCUCUAGGCUUCCUGGUCAGCACGCUGACGUACCGAUGUCAAACCAACUCGCUCGCCAUCAUUGAGAGCGGAGGAGGAAUCCUCCGAAACGUGUCAAGUCUGGUCGCCACACGGGAAGACUACAGGCAAAUCCUCAGGGACCACAACUGCCUCCAGACUCUGCUGCAGCACCUGCGCUCCCACAGCCUGACCAUAGUGAGCAACGCCUGCGGGACUCUCUGGAACCUUUCUGCUCGAAGUCCGAAAGACCAAGAGUUGCUGUGGGACCUCGGGGCAGUGAGCAUGCUGCGCAACCUUAUCCACUCCAAGCACAAGAUGAUAGCCAUGGGCAGCGCCGCAGCUUUAAGAAAUCUCCUCACUAAUCGACCCCUGAAAUAUAAAGAUGCUGCCGUAGUAUCCCCGGGCUCCUGCAUGCCCUCACUCUACAUGAGAAAGCAGAAGGCUCUGGAGGCGGAGCUGGAUGCCAAACACCUUGCAGAGACUUUUGAUACCCUAGAGAAACAGAGCCCCAAGCACCUGACCCUCAACAAGCCGCUACGGCACAUUGAGAGUCUGGCGAAGGAUUACGCAUCCGAUUCUGGUUGUUUUGAUGAUGAUGAGGCGCCCAACAUCUCCAGUAGCCUGGACACGGGGAGCUUCUCUAUGCUUUCCAUGUUCCUUACCAACUCUAACUUCCCGCAAAACCAACCACGCAAGAUGGACAGUGAACCUGAGAGAGACGUAGACAUGCCUCAGAUGGUCGAGAAGAGACACGCUCCUUCUGACGAUGUGAUAUCUGCUGCUGCAGAGAAGCUGGCAAAGAAGAUCACCAACACGGUUGCUAAGAUAGACAGGUUAGUGGAGGACAUUACCAUGCAAACAUCUUCUGAGGACAGUUUUAGCCUCAGCUCUGAAGACCACCUGGCAGACUGGCCUUAUGGUCUGGAUGAACUCAAUGAAGCGCGGGCAAAAUCAUGUUCCCCCUGCCGUCUCUCUGAAACAAGCAGCUUGGCCCACAAGGAACGCCUCAGUAGAGCCCACGCCCUCUUGCGCCUCAAAACUGCCCAUACAAGUGUAUCAACAGACAGCCUAAAUAGUGGAAGCACCAGUGAUGGCUACUGCGGCAGCAAAGACCAGAUGCGACCUGCUCCAAGAACUAUAAUGAUGCAACAACGACCCAACCAGCUUGAUCUCAAGGUGGCUCAUCAAGAUUACCUUAACGUAGGACCUGCUGCCUUCAAUGAGACUAACCAUCAAGAUAUUCCGGAGAGAGAUUUUGUGGACAACAAAGAUGUGAGAGCUCUAGAACUCAGCAGCACAGAUGCAGAAAAGAACCAGGAUCAACCUGUACAAACACCUGUCAGUGCAUCCACUAAACUCUCCUCUGAUGUCAGCAUGACUUCAAUUAAACUGUCUCCUUCUUAUCAACAGGUUCCGCUCAUUCAGAGUGUGGCCAAAUUUGGUGUAGCAAAGACGACUAUCAAUGUCCAGGCUGCCCAAGCAAUGAGGAGGCAAGCAUGGGUACCUACUGGGAUGACUGGGGGUAGUAUUACAAAAUUUUCUCCAAUGACAUCCACCAGAAGCCCAACUAUCGGGCCGAUGGAGACAGUCCAGAAAUACUCGGUGGAGAACACCCCAAUUUGCUUCUCCCGCUGCAGUUCACUGUCCUCCCUCUCUUCUGGCGAUGGAGCAUUGGAUGGACAAAGUGAGAAUGAGCUGGAGAGUGACUCGUCAUUAGAAAUAAUCGAAGUGGAGGAUGGAGAAGUGGUGAAGAGAGAUGAAGAGGAUGAAACCUUGGAGGAUCUGAGUGACAGUCAGCUGCUGAUGACUGACUCAAAAACCUUUCCUAGCAAAGAGACCGAUCCCAUUGAGAUUCCCUGUCCUGCCAAAAGGGAGAAGGUGUUUAUUAGAGGAGCUUCCCCUGCCAUACUUGAAGACAGAUCUCCAUCCAGUUCAUCUGAGAAUUACAUCCAUGAGACACCCCUGGUAAUGAGUCGCUGUAGCUCAGUCAGUUCACUGGGAAGCUUUGAGUCUCCCUCUAUUGCCAGCUCAAUCCAAAGUGAUCCAUGCAGUGAGAUGAUUGAUGGAACAAUAAGCCCUAGUGAUCUUCCUGACAGCCCAGGGCAAACCAUGCCUCCUAGUCGAAGUAAAACUCCAUGUUGCGUUGAGUCAAAUGGACCAGAAACACAGGCCACAGGAAUAGCAGGUCAAUGGGAAAGCAGCCUACGAAAGUUCAUGGAGAUUGCAGACUCCAAAGAGAGGUUUAACCUUCCUCCUGACCUGGACACAAUGAUCUACUUCACAGUGGAAAAGCCAACUGAGAACUUCUCUUGUGCUUCGAGUUUAAGUGCCCUGCCUCUUCACGAACACUACAUACAAAAAGAUGUUGAGCUGAAAUUGACCCCCCUAUUCCAGCAAAAUGACAAAGAUCUUCCUUUCCCUGAUGAGGAUGAGCAAGGAUUUGACCAUGGUGAGAGAUAUAGUGAGGGCAACUCAGACGAUGACAUAGAAAUCUUAAAGGAAUGCAUUAACUCAGCAAUGCCCUCCAAGUUCAGAAAAGUAAGACCUUCCCUGAUGACCACCAUCCCUCCUCAUGUUCUUAAUUCUCAGAUUCGAAAACAGAUACAUCUUCCAGUGUACAUGAUGCUUCCAAAUGGAAAAACCCAAAUAUGUCCUGGGAGGAGGAUUGUCAUCCCACAAAAGGACUUCAUAUUUGAUGAUUCAUCCUUCACUGAUUCUGCUGAAGGUACACCAGUCAACUUCUCCAGCACAACAUCGCUAAGUGACGAAACACUUCAGUAUCCAGUGAAGGAGAGGGGGGCUAACGACUGCACAGCUAGAGGUAUGAACAAACAGGAAUUGCUCGACGAUGAGGCAAAGAGGAUAGAAGACUUAAGGAUAUUCUCACACUUCCAUAAACCCAACAGAAUGAACUACCCACCUGAGAUACAAAUGAACCGAACAACCAAACAUAUCAUUCCCACUCAGAGGGUACUGUUGCAGAGCAAAGAGGUUGCAGACAGGGUGGCAAACCAAAGAAAUCGUGAUCAAUCUCCAAACCAGCAAAAGAAGAGGCAAGGUCAAGGCCCAGUCAGGAAACUAGAACUGCCUGUCAUUAAGCAAAAAAAAGACGGUAACCUUAAUGUGGGAUCACAAAAAGGAAAAGCAGUCUUUCGGCAAAUUACCCAUUCUUCAGAGGACAGUAACAGCUUCUAUGAUGAUGAAAAUGAAGCAAUGAAACGAACAAGUAGAAAACAGAUUAGGGAAGCAAGUAGAAAUACUCUCUCCCGGAGCAUGACAAAUAUUGGCAGGGUUGAUCAUUCCCAAGCAAUGCCCAGAGGAUUUUACAGGAUAAAACAAAAUCUGAUAAAGGAUGAAUCGCUGGCAUGUUACUCACUCAGCUCCUCACUUAGUUCACUGAGUGAUGCCGAGUUUGAGGAUCAUAAAUCAAAAGCCCAGCAAAUAUGGUAUAAAAACAGACACAACAAAACACUGAAUAUGAUGAAACAAAAAAACCCUAUGAAUAUUCACAGCCAAUACGAAGAGCCCAGCUCGCCAAGUUCUGUCAGCAUGGAUUCGGAGGAUGACCUCCUUCAGAAAUGCAUAACAUCUGCCAUGCCCAAACAGAGACGGAAGCUUGCUGCCAGGAAGAAGAAAGCAGAAAAUACUCAAAAACAAAAGGCCUCUGAUGGGUGGAACAUGGAUGAGGAAAUGGAUAUGGAUGAGGAAAUGGAUAGUGAUGAUACAGCAUGGGAUAAAGAUUCAGACCUCAAUAGUGUUGAAUGGAGAGCCAUACAAGAAGGUGCUAAUUGUGUUGUCACUGGACUGCAGGCUUCAAAGUCUGAGCAAUCCUCUGAAGAGUCAGAAUCCGUCCUGUCAUUCAUGUCAACAUCCAGCUUUACACCCAAAGAAAGGAAAUUUGCUAAAGACAAAAAGGCAAAUAAACCUCUAGACUUCGCACAGCGCAAGCCAGUUCCAAACUUACCAAUGGUUUUCAGAGGCAGGACAGUGAUAUAUACACCGAAAAAGGAGACGGCUCCAUCACAGAGACCUCCUCCUAGAAAAGUACCAGCCAAGACAGAUGCUCCAAAGAACCCAAACCUUGCUCAGCACAGAUCAAAGAGCCUUCACCGAUUAGGUCGGCCCCAGGACAUUGAACUGUCUUUGCCAAAGAGGAGCUCUACUCCACCUCCAAGGAUACCAAAAAGUUCAUCCUCUGGAUCAUCGCAAAGCUCUACACCAUCCAAACACUCACAGAAGAAGAUAACAUCCCAAACUCAGUCAAAUAAACCCAGCCAGAAAAAGAAUGCUUCACCACCUAAUAGCCCGCCAGCUAGUAGCCCCCCUGAAAGAAAAGGACGCUCUCCUGUUGUGAAUCAAAAUGAAAAGUCCCCUCCACCUAAAACUCAAAAGUCACCUGUCCGAAUCCCUUUUAUGCAAAAUCCAGUUAGGCCAAGACCUCUGUCACCUCUGAUAACUAACAAAAUAACCACCACCCAAACUAAUCAGGUCAAUGGGAAACGGUUGCCCCCCACCAAUCGAUUUGGACUGGUCAGAAUGACUUCUGUCCAUUCAAGUGGCGGUGAGUCUGAGCGCAAUGGAUUCUUGAGACAGCUGACUUUCAUUAAGGAAACGCAGAAUGUGCUGAGACGUGAAGGCUCUCCACGUAACAUGCCUGGAUCUCAGAAUGGAUCCCCCCGCAGAGCAGUUCCUGGAGCUUCAGCUGUCUUCCUUUGCUCAUCACGCUGUCAGGAACUCAAGAUAGCUGUGCAAACCCCGAGAAGGGUGCAAGUAAAAGGUCAAAGACAGACAGAGCAAGUCCAGAGGCCAGAUCGCGGCCUUCAGAAGCAGACUGCAAACCUCUCUAGAGCAACUUCCAGUGAAAGGGACCUAUCUGCCAGGCGUCCAGCCAGGAGAACUAGCUCUGAAAGCCCCUCUAGGGUGGUUCAGCGUAACAGGCCUGGUAGAGUGUCCGGAGCAAGGCAGCAACAAGACAACGAUACCUUUAAACGUCACGCCUCAUCGCCGAGCUUAAACAUACUGAGCCGAGUGACAAGCCGUUCUUCCCUCCGCUCUUCUUCAUCCGAUUCAAGUGGAAGAGCAAAGAGCGAGGAUGAUACAAAGAAGAAAGGGCAGAGAUCUGCAUCACGGCUAAAUGACAGAGUCACCUGGAGGAGGAUCAGAGAUGAAGAUGUACCUCAGAUUUUGAAAAGCACUCUGCCAGCCAAUGCAUUGCCUCUGGUGCCUUCUCCUGACGGGGAACAGCCAAAGCCACCAGCUCUUCCAGGUAAACUGCCAACCAUUCUACUUGCAUCUCGCAAGACAAGUGAUGCGACAGUCCAGACAGAAGAUUUUUCGAACAACAAAACCAACUCGAGCACCUCUCCAACGGUUGAAACCGCUCAGGUGAUCUCAGAGGAAGUGGCACGCUUUGCACUACUUAGAAAGAUUAGUGCCACCUCUGGAAGCAACAUCCAAGAUGGAGAUUCAGAUGUCUCCCUGAGGAGCCACACCACCAUCUCCACAGGAACGUCAGACACCCACGUGAGUGGAGUUGUCCAUUUCCGCCAAGGAUCCCCCAGCAAGGCAGCCCGAAUCACUCCAUUUAAUUACACCCCAAGCCCCAUUUCCUGCUGCCUGCAAGACACGCAGAGCCAAGCAGCCACAAUCAAUGGAAAGUCAGGGGGAAAAAGUGAGUCGUAG